AGCAAGCUGCUAGGGACAAGAUUAUCAGCUGCAUAGGUGGGCGGGGGCGUGGCCUGGUGAUGCACCCGAGGAAAUGCCCCGCCCACCGCCGACCUUGUCCCGGAGAGGCUUCUAGACGCCGACGCCGCGUCUGCUUCGGAGCGAGGCUGUCGCGCCCGGCUUUUGUCUGCAGGAAAGACUGGGCAGACACGUUGGCUCUACUAGGAGCUUCCUGUUCCUCCCUCGCCUUCCCCAUCCCUGGCUGUUUCUCCACCUCUACCUCACACCGGGACCAUCUGGAUUAUGCGUGCCUGGAAAGUGGUGGCCGGCACUCUGGCCUUUACGGGCGUGGAUGUGACGGUGACCACCUUGCUGUACAAAUACAGCCGCAGCGACGGCAGCAUCCUUCAGGAUCUGAAACACUUUAACAUCUUUGAUUCCAUGCUGGAUAUCUGGGGGGCCUGUCUCUACCGGAGCUGCGUGCUUUUGGGGGCUGCCUUCGGGGUCGCCAAAAACACCAACUAUGGUCCCAAGCGGUUGAAAGGCUCCCGGAUCUUUAUCAUGUUUGUCUGCCUUGUGGUGGGGAUUUACGCCCUGGUCAAGCUGCUGCUCUACUCGGAGGUGAGGAAGACCAUCAAGGACCCCUGGUUUUGGGGUUUGUUUGCCUGGACGUACUUGUCUCUGGCGGCCACCUUCUCCUUGUGGCAGCUCCUGUCUUCGGUGAGACCUUCCAGGGAGACUCUGGGAGUGAAUUCUGAAUCUAGGACUGAAGCAGAGGAAGGUGGUGAUCCACGUUUGCCUGAUGCUCAGGGGAAAAAAGAGGAGGCGUCGGCGGCCACCAUUUGUAAGCUCUUGUCUUAUACCAAGCCAGAUGCUCACUUCCUCGUGGUGGCCUUUGUCUUCCUUUUAGUAGCCGCUUUAGGAGAGACGUUCCUUCCGUACUACACCGGCCGGGCUAUUGACGGAAUAGUAAUCCGGAAGAGCAUGGAGCAAUUUUCCAUGGCUGUGGUGAUCAUGGCCCUUCUGGCCAUCGGAAGCUCAUUUGCCGCAGGUAUCCGGGGCGGAGUCUUCACUCUCGUGUUUGCUAGGCUGAACAUCCGGCUGCGCAACAGUCUCUUCCGAUCACUGGUUUCUCAGGAAAUGAGUUUCUUUGAUGAAAAUCUUACCGGUGACAUCAUUUCCCGGCUGACCUCAGACACUACGAUUGUGAGCGACCUGGUCUCUCAGAACAUCAACAUCUUCCUGCGCAACAUGGUCAAGGCUACGGGGGUUAUUGUUUUCAUGUUCAGCCUCUCAUGGCAGCUCUCCCUGGUGACUUUCAUGGGAUUCCCCAUAAUCAUGCUCGUAUCGGAUCUUUAUGGGAAAUACUACAAGAAGCUCUCCAAAGAGGUCCAGAAUGCUUUGGCAAAAGCCAACAACACUGCGGAGGAAACCAUCUCGGCGAUGAAGACGGUCCGCAGCUUUGCCAACGAGGAGGUGGAAGCAAAUGUCUAUCGGGACAAACUGCAGCAAGUCUACAGACUCAACAAAAAAGAAGCCAUGGCUUAUACUUACUAUGUGUGGUCCAGCGGGCUAACGCUCCUUAUCGUUCAAGUCAGCAUCUUGUACUAUGGAGGCCACCUGGUGAUCUCUGACCAGAUGACCAGCGGGAACCUGAUAUCCUUCAUUAUUUAUGAAUUCGUCCUGGGAGACUGCAUGGAGUCCAUAGGCUCAGUCUAUAGUGGGCUGAUGCAGGGUGUCGGAGCUGCUGAGAAAGUGUUUGAGUUCAUAGACCGUAAGCCAACCAUGGUGAAUGAUGGGACCCUGGCCCCCAGCCAGCUGGAGGGCAAAGUGGAGUUCAAGAAUGUCACAUUUGCUUACCACACUCGACCUACAACCCAGGUCUUGCAGAAUGUCUCCUUCACUCUCCCUCCUGGGCAAGUGACUGCACUGGUGGGUCCCUCAGGCAGUGGGAAGAGUUCCUGUGUCAACAUCAUGGAGAACUUCUACCCACUCCAAGAUGGGCAAGUCCUGCUGGAUGGGCAGCCUAUUAACAUGUACGAGCACAAGUACCUGCACACAGUGACAUCUUUGGUGAGCCAAGAGCCGGUGCUCUUUGCCCGGUCUAUUGCAGAAAACAUCUCCUAUGGCCUGGCCUCUGUCCCUUAUGAGUCGGUCAUUCAGGCUGCCCAGAAGGCCAACGCCCACACUUUUAUUACGGAAUUGCAGGAUGGAUACCACACAGAAGCUGGGGAAAAGGGUACCCAGCUUUCUGGCGGGCAGAAGCAGAGAGUGGCUAUUGCGAGAGCUUUAAUCAGAAACCCACCUAUCCUGAUAUUGGAUGAAGCCACCAGCGCCCUAGAUGCGGAGAGCGAACAUGCGAUUCAGCGAACCAUUUAUGGGGAUGUCCAGAACCACACAGUGCUUGUCAUAGCCCACAGACUGAGCACUGUGGAGAAGGCACACAACAUCAUUGUUCUCGACAAGGGCUGUGUGGUACAGCAAGGGACACACAAGCAGCUCAUGGAAGAAGGCGGCCUUUAUUACAAGCUGGUGCAAAGACAGAUCCUGGGCCAUGAGACAGGCACAGGGGAUGGCAGUCAGCUGGAUGGCAGCUUGGCUGGCAUCCAGAGAGAGUCACCAAAGAUGGGACUGGCCGAGGAGUUCCAAGCGUAACAUUGCACUUGUCGGACUUGGUAAUCUUGAACUGCACGGAUGGGCUGUCAGCUGAGCUCAGAGGUGAAAAUACUAUGGAAUCCAACUGAAAACCCACUGGAAGAGUCACCCUCUCCACUUUAGCACAGCUUCACAAUGAUGUCCAUUUACACUCAUAAGCACUAAACGUCUGGUGCAUACUGAUCCCAGUCGGCAGCAUCCUGCUGAUCAGAGAGAACCAGUGGGCCAACGAUCCCCACAAUUGCCCAUGUUUUUUCUUUUCCCACUGGUAACGCAUGCAAAACCUGCUGUUAUUUAUAAACAGGUGUGAUUUUUUUUUUAGGUGUAUGGGGAGAAGGAUGACCUGUGGAGGAUCUCUGAGGGUGGUUGUGUGGGCUGGCUUAGAGUUGGGGCCAGUCAGUAGCUGCUGAUUGGGAUCACUCCAGUGCCUGUAAACAUCCUUGCUAAUUCUAUGAAAGGUCAGUUUGGCCUAAAGUAUGGCAACCUCAUUGAAACAAAUUUUCUUUAGGGCACUUGGCUCAGGUCUUGACCGCAUUAGACCCAGAAUUUGCAAAAAUGGCUAGUGGCUCUGGAGACCUCCGACUUGAAGAGUGCAACUGAAUAUGGUGUGAUAGUCGCACAGUGAAUAUGCAUGAUGGGUUUUAAGCCCAUUUCAACUGGGCAUCCAGAAUCAUAAUUCCUUUUUGAAAAACCUUGCAUUCAGACCCCCAGGUGGCAUUGCAGCAUACGGGUGAGUGGUGGGUUGUGUCCCUGACCUGAAGCAAUUGCCUUCAUGGAAGUAAUCCCCGAAAUAGAUUCUUCUUCCUUUGGUUAGCUUUUGAUUUUAGAGGUGUGCACUUUUAAAGGAGGAACAACUUAAAAUGGUUUACAUUUCUGUUGCCCUUUAUUAAUUGUUGCACAGUGUCAGUUUGUGCACCAACAUUCACAGCAAAUAUGACAAUCCUGUUUUCAAAACUUUGAUUUUGCAAGGACACUCAAGGCUUUCUUUUUUGUUUUUAAUGCCUAAAGUUGAACAGUUUUUUUCUUAAACACCAAACAUGAGUCCACUCCACUGGGAACAAUUUCUAUGCAAGUCCUCUUCAAAGAAGCAGGAGCAGACCAUUUCUUUGGCAUGGCUUCUGUUUGUUUCAGUGAGGUUCACGGAAGAGCUUUUCCCAAUUGGUUGUGACCAGUUUUGUUUUGGGAAUCUGAGCAAAAUCUUGUUUAAGGUAUGAAUUCUGCUAGCAAUUCCAAAUAAUUGGUGAGGGCUGGCACUGAUCUUUUGCUUUAUUUAAUUGUCAGUUGCUUGAAAUAUCCUGUUUUGUUGUUGUGUUUUUGUUGUAGCAAAGCAAGGUGGGGGGUUGCAAAAAAACCCACACCCCAAUUGAAUUGUAGCUCUGUAUUGCACUGCCUAAUUCAACCCAGUCUUUUUACAGUUCCAUAAAUGAUUAGGAGGAGCUCACAGGCAGCCAGAAGUGUGUGUUAAAGGGGCCCCUUCCCUGGAGGCUAUGAAUUGAGGAUUGAGCAAUUUUUAAAAUCUCUCUCUUUAGAGUCUCUCUAGUUGCACUUGGUUGUGAAAUGACCUCAAGCACUUAACUCAUUUGAAUUCCUUUCUGAUAUUUUGAUGCUGCUGUGUUUUUAGCAGGUUUUUUGCCGUUUGCAAUAUUUAAAAGAAAUAUAUGUAUUAUAUUUGAU